UAACCUGAACGCACCGCUUCGAGCAUGAAGUGGUAACCUGCAACAACACAUGUUUGUCUUUAUUUGACCUCUCCCAAAUCCGAAGAUUUUAAAUAUGAACAUCAACGACGCGGGCGGAGGAGGAGAUAUCGUGGGAAUGUCAGCCUCCGAGAAAGAUCAGAACUGGAUUCCCAAAAUAAUAAAGAAAAGAGUUUGCACCACUUUUGUAGAAGACACUGAUAGUGAUGCCAGGGGGUGCCAGUGCGGGGGGCCCAGGGACUCCCAUGCCUCGGCCGCGCUGGGUGACUACUUCAGCACCGCCAUCGUCAGCCGCUGGGACAGCGCCCAGCACUCCUCUGAACAGCCCACUGACGGCUUCGGGGAGGUGGAGUUUGCAGGAGCCAGCAAGAGACACAGCUAUUUCCUGCGUCUGUCCUGCGACACCCCCCCCGCUUCUGUGUACCACAUGAUGACGGCCCACUGGCGCCUGCCCCCCCCCAACCUGGUGGUGUCGGUGGUGGGCGGGGAGGGCAGGUCGAAGGUCAAGACCUGGGUUCGAGAGGUUCUGCGGCAGGGACUGGUGAAAGCUUCUCAGAGCACAGGAGCGUGGAUCCUGACAGGAGGCCUGAGGGAGGGGGUGGGGCGGUGCGUGGGGGAGGCAGUGAGGGACCAUGCCACAGCUGCCUCCUCCAUGUCCAUUAACAAGGUGGUGGCUCUGGGCAUCGCCCCCUGGGGCAUGGUGCACAACCGCCAGCAGCUGGUCAACCCUGAGGGUAGCUUCCCUGCUAAGUACUAUGUCCACAACAAGUCGAGGGACUCCUGUUGUCUGGACAACAACUACCAGGCCUUCCUGCUGGUGGAUGAUGGGAGUGUGAAGCGCAGAGGAGUAGAGACGGCCUUCAGGGCCCGCCUGGAAGACUACAUAUCCAAUCAGCGUACAGGCAUCUGUGGCAGUGGAAGCAUCAACAUCCCUGUGCUGUGUAUGCUGAUCUCAGGGGAGGCAGCCAUGUUGAAGCGGUUAGACCUCUCUCUCAACAACUGCAUGCCCUGGUUGGUUCUGGCUGGGUCAGGGGGUGUGUCCGACCUGGUGAGUGACAUCCUGGAGAACUUAUCAACCGGGCCGUCUGUCAUGUCGUCCAAUGAGGCAGAGGCGGAGGAGGGCCCGAGUGAUAACCUGAGAGAACGGGUGGCAGAGCUGGUGAAGAAACACUUUCCUGGGGAAUUUGACAUGGACAAGCUGGUGGAACAGGCUCUGAGCGUGUACCAGAACAGGGACCUGAUCACCGUCCACCACGGGGAGCAGGAGGGGGCAGAUGACUUUGACACGGUCCUGCUGAAAGCGCUGGUCGGAGCCAGUAAGCGUGCCUCCCCUGACUCUGCCUCCAACACGGAGGAGCUGAAGCUAGCCGUGACCUGGAACCGGGUGGACAUCGCCAAGAGUGAGCUCUUCAAUGGGGACAUCCAGUGGAGGUACGAGGACCUAGAGGACUCCAUGACUGACGCUCUGGUCAACGACAAGCCCCAGUUUGUGCGCCUGUUCACGGAGAAUGGCCUGAACAUCCUGGACUACCUGACGUACGGCCGGCUGGAGCAGCUGUACUCGUCCAUGGCCGACAGCACGCUGGGCUGCUCGCUGCUGCAGCAGCACCUGGAGGAUCGGAGGGGAAGUGCAGGCUCCGUUCCGUCCGUGGCCAACCUGCUGGACGGCCCGGCGGGGGCGGAGUCCCAGGAAGGCGGGGUGGCACGUGAGGAGCGCUUCUGCCUCCUAGAGGUGUCCAGGGUUUUGGAGGACUUAUUGGGGAGCGUGUGUCAGCCGUUCUACCUGGCUCCUCUGGGGCUGGAGGGCGUGGCUCAGCGAAGGGCCUCCAAGAGAAUGAGCAGGUUGUUGCGUGGGGAAUGCCUCUACAAGGCCGAGCGCUGUGUCUUCCCUUGGGCCUCUCUCUUCCUCUGGGCUGUCCUGCAGAACCGCAGCGACAUGGCUGUCUACUUCUGGGAGAUGGCUGGGGAGUCUGUUCUGUGUGCUCUGAGUGGCUGUAAGGUGCUGAGGGAGAUGUCCAAGCUGGAGACCGAGGCUGAGUCCAAGCAGGCCAUGAAGGACCUGGCCCAGAGAUUUGAAAACCUGGCUUAUGACGUGUUCAGUAAGUGCUACCAGAGCAAUGAGAGUCGGUCCUUCACGCUGCUGAUCAGGCAGUCCCCGGUGUGGGGCCAGACCACCUGUCUGCAGAUGGGCGUGGUGGCCGACGCCCGCUACUUUUUCAGCCACGGCGGAGUCCAGGCCCUGCUGUCUCAGAUCUGGUGGGGAGACAUGAAGAGGAGCACAGAGGUGUGGAAGCUCCUCCUCACCCUCUUCUGCCCCCCCCUCAUGUACACACACUUCCUGCCCUUCAGGAAGGUGGAAGAGGAGGAGCAGAGGAGCUCCAGCGUGGCUCCAACUGGAGACACCAACAGCCUCUAUGGAGAGACCAUCUUCUCCUUCUCUGACAUCAAACAACACGAUGUUGAACCUGGGUCCAGCAGCCCUCCACCCAUGAUUAAAGGCAGACCCAGCCCUCCUCCAAGGCCGCAGUAUCCCUUUGUGAUCUCUAGGUGGCGCCAGUUCUGGACCGCGCCUGUCACUUGCUUCCUGGGCAAUGUGAUCAUGUACUUCCUCUUCCUCUUCCUGUUCGCCUAUGUGCUAUUGGUGGACUUUAAGCCCCCGCCCCCACAGGGCCCCUCCCCGCUAGAGUACGUGUUAUACUUCUGGGUGUUCAGCCUGGUGUGUGAGGAGAUACGAGAGACUCUGUUUGUGGGGAACAAGAUGUGGAGGCAGAGGAUGAGGCAGUACAUCGACGACAUGUGGAACAAGUGUGACCUGGUCGCCAUCUCUCUCUUCACCAUCGGAAUGAUCCUCAGGAUGUUUGAGUGGUCCUUCAUGUGUGGCAGGGCGUUCCUCAGUGUAGACUACAUGGUCUUCACGCUGCGCCUCAUCCACAUCUUCGCCGUCCACAAGCAGCUUGGACCCAAGAUCGUCAUCGUGGGCAAGAUGAUGAAGGACGUGUUCUUCUUCUUGUUCUUCCUGGCCGUGUGGCUGAUGGCGUACGGCGUGGCCCACCAGGCGCUGCUCUACACCUACGACCCUCGUCCUGCCUGGAUCUUCAGACGCAUCUUCUACAGACCAUACCUGCACAUAUUUGGACAGAUCCCUGUGGAGGAAGUAGAUGUGGGGUACGACUGGGAUAAGGACUGCACUGACAACGUGACGCUGAUCGACGCGGGCAUGGAGCCCUGCAGGAACAUGUACGCAAACUGGCUGGUGGUCAUCCUGCUGGUGGUCUUCCUGCUGGUCACCAACAUCCUGCUCAUCAACCUGCUCAUCGCCAUGUUCAGCUUCACCUUCUCCAAGGUUCAGGAACACAGUGACACCUACUGGAAGUUCCAGCGCUACAAUCUGAUUGUGGAGUACCACUCCCGGCCCUCCCUGGCCCCGCCCUUCAUCCUGCUGUCCCACCUGCACCUGUUCAUCAAGAGAUACAUCCGCAAGAUCCCCUCUGCCAAGGCCCGCCAUUUUGUACUGGAGUUGAAAGGCAAAGCGGCUAACAGGCUAAUGACGUGGGAGGCGAUCCAGAAGGAGAUGUUCCUGACCGCCCAGAGCAAGAUCCAGCGAGGGACGGACUCUGAGAGACUCAAACGGAUGUCAGCCAAGGUGGAUGGGAUCAUGAAGCAGAUGGCGGAGACCAGAGGUUACGACCACAGACUGAGAUCUCUGGAGGGCAAUAUGGAGUACUGCUCCAGCGCGCUCAGUUGGAUUGUGGAGGCUCUCUCGCAAAGCAGCUCCGUCAAAACCACCCAGCCCGCCCCGGUGCCACGAGAGGCGUUCCCUUCCUCCUCCACCUGAUCCUCUGAUUGUUUACAGCAGUCAGGGCUGAAUAGGAAGAGCACAGCAAGGCUACAGUACUCAUCUCUCUCUUUAUCUCUCUCUCUUUGUGUCUCUCUUUAUCUCUCUCUCUUUGUGUCUCUCUUUAUCUCUCUCUAUCUCUCUCUCUUUAUCUCUCCCUUUAUCUCUCCCUCUUUGUGUCUGUGUCUCUCUUGUGUUGAGGUGCUCUUGCCUUUACCAGCUGUCAUUCUUUCGCGCCCUAGUUCUGCAUUCCUGGUCUAGUCCAACAGAAGAAGCUUAUCUGUAUAUUUCUGUACUGACAGUGAAGAACCACUUGUUUAUGUUAUGUUUUUUGUUUUGUUUAUUAUGUUAUGGAAUAAUUGUAUACAAUUGUAUGUUGCUGGGGUUUUAAUAGGUUGUUUUAAAUAUAAAAGUAAAUAUAUAUGUAUUUAAAAACAAUAACACUUCAACUGAAUUCUUACUUGCACUAUUUACAUUUUUUUUGCUGUUAGUGUCAUUAAUCUUGCUAAUCGGUGCCUGCUUAUUUAAACAGUGUAGAUAGUUACUGUGUGUCUUAGUGUCUGUCUACCUCCUGGAUGCACGUCCAUGAUGAAUAAACAUGAUUAUUAUAUCAUA